AGUUUUUUAUCACCAACAAUGACAAAUACAGUAACAGGACCUAUUGCUAUUGUUGAUAUGGGAUCUAAUGGUAUUCGAUUCGGCAUUGUUAGCAGUUUAUCAAGACAUUUACCUGUAGUUUAUGAAGAAAGAGCUCCUAUCUCAUUGUUAGACGCCCAAGGGGAAGAUCGUACUAUACCGUUAGAUACAAUUCACGAAGUAGUCAAAAGUUUUUUACGCUUCAAGGAAUUAUGCAAGGAUGCCAACGUUCCUCUAUCCAAUGUACGUGUACUUGCUACGGAAGCCACUCGGAUUGCAACUAAUGCUACGGAAUUCAUGGAUAGUAUCUUUCAAGCUACUGGUUGGACUGUCACUUUAUUACCAAAACAAGAAGAAGCUCUGGUCUCUGCUUCUGGGAUCGUAGGUUCUUUUUAUACUGUCAACGGUUUAACCUCUGAUUGUGGUGGUGGCUCGGUAGAACUCAGUUAUGUUAUGUCUGAUGGAAAUGGUGUUAGUACUGCUCAAACUCCUGUGUCUUUACCAUACGGUGCAAUGGCGUUGAAGAAAAGAUUACAACAAUGUGAAGGCAAGAAGGAACGACAAGAUUUAUACCUUGAAGUGGAAUCUGCAAUACGUCAAGCUUUAAAAGAAACCGAACCACCAAAUCAAUUGAAACACAAGGAUGGAUACGAAAUUUAUAUGAGUGGUGGCGGGUUUAGGGCUCUAGGAUAUCUAUCUAUGGCAAGGAAAUCACACAAAGUACGAAGUAAAAGCAACCACAAACAUAGUUCACGUCAACCUGAUUAUCCCAUUCCAAUGAUCAAUGGAUACACUAUCACUGGCAAAUCUCUCAAGAAACUCGUACAUCGAUAUAGGGACAAGAAAGCUGAUCAAGUCAUACGCCAAGUACAAGGAUUCCGCAUCUCGAAACGACGAGCUGAAAUGAUGCCUGCUGUUUGUCUUUUAGUAUCUGCUAUGCUGGAAGCCAUUCCUAUCCGACAAGUGCAUUUUAGUGAAGGUGGUGUUCGCCAAGGUAUUUGUUAUCAAAUGCUUUCCAAUCAAGAACAAUCUAAGGAUCCUCUACUUACUGCUGUCAAGGAUUAUAUCUCAAAGUCGGAUUUUGCCCUGAACGAAGAAGAAUAUCAAGCUAUCUUUGAUGUACUGAAAUCAGCUCUACCUUCUCCUUAUUUAGAAACAACUCAUCCUUUACAGCUUCAUCGUUUGUUACCAGCCGCCAUUCAUCUUGCCAAUUUGACAUCACAUUAUCCAAAGGAAUCAAGGGCCUUUGUGGCUUUUCAUAUCCCUCUUCCAAGCGGUCCAUUGGCCAAUGUCCCUGGACUAACUCACAAGGAACGUGCAACAUUGGCUCUUCUUUUGGCAUAUCGUCAAGGUGGUGCGGUACCUGAUCCGAUCUUUUACAGAGUGCAACGACUGGUGGGCAAAAAAGGAAUAUCGGUUUGCAAGUAUCUUGGACGCCUCAUGGAACUCAUUUAUUCUGUAUCGCCAUUACAUCCUGGGGUAGGCGUGUUACGAAGUGGAUUGAAGUUCAGUACAGUAGUAACCGAUGCAAUUGCAACUGGAAAUAGUGAAGAUGAAUGUACCAGCAACAACGAUGAGAAUGAAUCAGCGAUAAUACAACCAUCUGACAGCAACAACGAUGAUGAUGACGAUGAUGAUGAUGAUGAUACUGAGGAUGACAACAUUCAAGAUAAGACACUAUAUCCGUCAUUAAAACUUCGUAUCCAGCUACCUUCAACACCAUCCACAUACCUUGAUGCACCAGCUAUACGAUCAAUGAUUGAAAAUUUGGAUAAGAAAGUCAACACAAGGAAAUUUGAUAUUGAUGACGAACAGAGGCGUCUUCAUUGUCCCACAUUAUUCUCUGUAGAUAUCUCACAAGGAUUAGUUUAGUUUUUUUUUUUUUUU